AUGAACGCCACGCGAAGCGGGCGGGAAACAGCUAGUAAGGACAGGUAUAAACAAGGUAAAAAUGCAGCCGGAAAAAGUAUCUGUGUCCGUUGUGCUGCGUUGAGUGCCCGAGCGAAAGAACAACUUAAGAUUUAUGCAGGUGAGAGUGAGAAAAAUAAUGUGCAAAAACAAGAUCUGAAUGGUGAUACUUAUGAAAAUUUCUUAAGAGGUGACUUAGGUGACCUUCUAGAUGAUCUCCCAUUAAAAUUACUGCGGGACAUGUGGUUUCAACAUGAUGGCUGCCCUGCCCAUUUCAGAAGAAGCGUUAAGGAAUGGUUGGACACUAACUAUCCUAACAAAUGGAUUGGACGAGGUGGGCCUUUACCCUGGCCAGCCAGAUGUCCCGACCUGACCCCCAUGGAUUUUUAUAAUGGACUGUUUUUAUUCGUGUUAUUUAUAACAAGUUUUGCCGAAUCAGCGAAUAUUCUGUAUGUGACUCCAUUUUCUUCAGUAUCUCAUAAUAUAUUUCUACGUCCGAUCGGGCUGGAGCUCGCGCGACGGGGACACAAUGUUACCGUCAUUACAUCCCAAAAAGUAAAGGAUCCGCCGCCGAAUUACCAUGAGGUAUUAGUGGAUGAUAAAGAAAUUUGGGACAUGUUAGGUACAGAAAGACCAAAUGUAUUUAAUAUGGUUGAAAUGUCUGCUGAGGACUUCCACAAACAUGUUCUAUGGGCCGGUGGUUUAGCUUAUACGGAACUUACCUUAAAUUCAACAGACGUUAAGGAAUUUUUAAAAAAAGACAACAAGUUUGACUUGGUCAUCAACGAGCAGUUUUUCCAAGAGGCUCUUUACACACUUGCGUAUAAAUAUAAUGCACCUUUAGCAUUGGUUUCAACCUUUGGUAAUUGCAUGAGACAUAACGUUGUAGUACGAAAUCCUUUGCAACUGGCCACGGUAACUUCGGAGUUUUUAGAUGUUAGAGACCCUUCGAGUUUUUGGGGAAGAUUUAGAAACCUAUAUUUUACGGCUUAUGAAUACUUCUGGUGGACAUUCUGGUACUUGAAGAAACACGAGGAGCUAGUGAAAAAGUAUUUACCAGAAAUAGCAAACGAUGUACCGAGUUUUUACACAUUGCAGAACGAUGUAUCGUUGUUCAUGAGCAAUAGUCAUUUUAGUUUCGAUCCCGCUAUUGCUCUGCUACCUAAUAUAGUUGAAAUUGGAGGAGUUCAUUUAUCAAAAAGUAGCGCCAGUUUACCAGCGGAUCUUCAAAAACUCUUAGAUGAUGCAAAAGACGGCGUGAUUUACAUUAGUUUCGGUUCAAACGUCAAAGGCUCUGAGAUACCAUUAGAAAAGAAGAAAGACUUUAUAAAGGUUUUUAAACGAUUGGAAAAAUACACUAUAUUAUGGAAAUGGGAAGAUGAUCAUUUUGAAGAUAAGCCUCCUAAUUUAGUAACGCGUAAAUGGUUUCCUCAAAAGGAAAUUUUAGUUCAUCCGAACGUUAAACUGUUUAUAUCUCACGGCGGCUUGAUAGGAAUGCAAGAAGCUAUUUUUAACGGUAUACCUCUCGUAGGCGUUCCAGUAUAUGCUGAUCAAUAUAACAACUUGCUGAUAGCUGAACAAGCUGGUUUCUGUAAAAUUCUCUCGUAUCAUGAUAUUAAUGAAAAUACUUUAUACAACACUGUAAGUGAAAUUCUUAACCACAAUUCUUAUAUGGAAAAGGCUAAAGAAGUUUCUCGAAGGUUCAAGGAUAGACCGAUGAGCGCUUUAGAUACAGCAAUGUUUUGGAUAGAAUAUGUAAUAAGAAAUAAAGGUGCAGAAUAUAUGAAGAAUCCUGCAAGAAAUAUGAGCUGGUUUGCGUCGAAUAUGAUAGAUGUUUACGCUACAAUAUUAUUGGCUUCGAUUAUAGGGAUAGUUGCUUUAGUUAAAAUUAUAAAGUUACUUUUACGUUUGUUAUCUCUUAACAAAGUUGAAAUAAAUAAGAAGAAAAAGUUUGCAUAAUGUUUAUACGUAUAUUUAAACUAGCUGUGCCUGCGACUUCGCCGGGUGGAAUUCACAAAAGUUUUGCUUCAGUUCGCAGAGUUAUAAAAUAAAUAAUGUUUUGAAAUAAAA